GCUUUAGAAACUUAUAAACAUUUCGCGUUUCUUACAAGUUUCGAUAUAUACUACCAAUCUAUUAAUUAUAUACUACCUAGGAGCUAGCUUUUACGUAUAUAUAUUCUGAUUAUAUAUUCUCACUAUUACACUUGUACCAAACACAGACAUUACCUUAGGUACCUACUUAUAAGCACCUGUAAACAUCUUCAUUAAACUACAUCAUGACAGGCACAAUCAUCAUCACUGGAGCAAACGGCUCUGUUGCAAUCCCUGCUGUGCGCCAUCUUUUAAACAAGUACCCGGACUACACGGCAGUUUUAACUGUUCGCAAGACGGAGGAUACGGAUCCCAACACCAAGAAGCUGCGCGAGACCAUUGCUAAGUUUCCCAAGGCCCAGACAUCCAUCCGCCAACUUGACCUAGCCAAUCUCACUGCUGUACACGACUUUGCAAGCACAAUUGCUACCGAGAUUGCGGAAAAGAAGUUACCGCCGCUUGCUAGCAUUGUCUGCAAUGCGUAUUACUGGAAUUUGUCUGGCGAUCCCGAGUUCACGACAGAAGGAGUCGAAAAGGCGAUCCAAGUGAACCACAUUUCCCACGUUGCUCUAGUUCUUCGACUACUAGGUAGCUUCAGACCUGAAGGCGGCCGUAUUGUGCUCUUUACCAGCAACGCCCAUUUCCCCGGAAAAAACGGCUUGGAGAAAUACCCACCGGCUAUCCCGGACGAUUUGGAUUCUUUAUUGAAGCCUAAGCCGGAUGCCGACAAGUUAGGACGAGGCAUGAACAUAUACGGAAAUUCAAAGUUGGCCAUUCUCAUGUGGGGAUACGCGUUGAACAGGCAUCUUGAGAAGGAUGAGAAGCUACGCAACAUCACAGCGAUAAUAAUUGACCCUGGAAAUCUGACUGAUUCGCGCGCUUUACGCACGAACACACCUCUGUUCCUCGGCAUUGUUCAAAGGUUUGUGCUCCAACCUUUGCGGCCGCUCUUUAGUCUCGCAAACCCAAGUUACCGUACUGCAGCUGCUGCGGGGACAGAUGUGAUAGAGCUUGCUACAAACAAUACUUACCCGGGAGAGCGCGGCUAUCUCUUUACGCUAAAGAAAGAACCCAGUUCCCCCGAUAGUUAUAACGAGGAGAAGCAGGAGAAGCUGUGGAUUAAGAGCGCCGAGUGGGCAAAGGUCACCAAGGAGAACACCGCCAUUGCGAGCGGUCUUUAAAUAAGGCGCAUCAGUAGGAGGCGGGAUUUUGAGACAUGUUUAAGCAUGGCUUUUCAAGAGCGUAAAGAAAUGAAGUUAUUGUCGAAUAGUA